AUGACUGAAACGAUGGCUCUGAGUGGCAACUGUAGGACUCAGUCGACGACCAAAGAUCAAGGGUCUGUCCAAAAUCAUUUCCCCGACGUUAUCGAACUAAAUGUUGGGGGGCAGGUGUAUUAUACUCGUCAUGCCACGCUAAUCAGCAACCCAAAUUCCUUGUUGGGGAAACUCUUCUCUCCCAAGAAAGAUCCCUCAAACGAUUUGGCGAGGGACCCGAAGGGACGCUAUUUUAUCGACCGAGAUGGGUUUUUGUUCAGAUAUGUGUUGGAUUACCUCAGGGACAAACAAGUUGUUCUUCCUGACCACUUUCCAGAGAAGGGGAGACUUCGAAAAGAGGCGGAGUACUUCCAGUUGCCCGACUUGGUUAAACUAUUAACACCUGACGACAUAAAACAUAGUCCAGACGAGUACUUUCACAGUGAUUACGAAGAUGGGUCCCAAGCAAGUGACCAGCGAAUGUGCCCACCGCCAUCGCUUGUGCCGGCCGACAGAAAGAGCGGUUUUAUCACAGUCGGAUACCGUGGCUCGUGCACCAUGGGUCGCGAGAGUCAAACCGACGCCAAAUUCCGCAGGGUACCGAGGAUUUUGAUAUGCGGGAGAAUUGCUCUGGCGAAAGAAGUUUUCGGCGAGACUUUGAACGAGAGCCGCGACCCGGACAGGACACCGGAUAGGUACACGUCGCGCUUUUACCUGAAGUUCAAGCACUUGGAGAGAUCUUUUGACAUGCUCUCGGAAUGUGGGUUCCAGAUGGUUGCCUGUAAUUCGUCAGUGACCGCAUCCUUUGUAAAUCAACACACUGAGGACAAGAUAUGGUCAAGUUACACAGAAUACGUCUUUUACCGUGGACCGUCUCGCUGGUCCUCCCCUCCAUGUGACUGCUGCUGCAAAGGCCACAAGGGCGACGGAGAAGGCGAGAGCGGCACGUCCUUCAACGAGCUCUCCACCUCCAGCUCCGAGAGCCAAUCAGAGGCCAGCUCUCCCCAGGGCACCGUCAUCUGCGGGCCCGUGAGCCGCCAGACGCACGUGCAGACCCUGGACAGGCCGCCCAAGAAAGGACCCAUGCAGAUGUUGCAGCAGUCGGAGCAGCGACGCAGGAGCGACCUGCUCCGCACCCUCACUACUAGCUCCCGGGACACCAGCGCUUCCAGCAAGAAGCGUCCAGCCAAGGAGAAGAUGACUGUGGAGGAGGAGCUAGAGAAGUGUAUCCGGGACUUCCGCAAGAUCAAGAUCCCUGAGCGUUUCCCCGAACGCAAGUACAUGUGGCAGGCAGACCUGCUACGCAAGUACUGCCUCUGA